CCUUCCUUUCUAUCCCUUUGGGAGGCAAGGGUCGAGGAACCUUGUGUGUCUCCUAGCCUCACGCAGGCACUCGCGGGUAACAGGCUCGACUAACGGCCUCGGUGUCUGGCGGGACGUGAAAUUCUCCUUCAAUGAAGUCCCAGCUUCUGCGCUCCCCAGCUCGGGCCCCUGGCUGAGCCCCGGAAUAGGGCAGGAAGCGGCUUAGCCCUCUGAGGAGGCCGGUGUCGCUGCUCCGUCCUCCCUCCAACGUGGCCUGUUCGCUCCCCCAGGCCUCUGCUGAAGGGGGCCACUAGCCUGGCCAGCCCCAGCCGUGGCCUCUCUGGUCACCCUACCCUACAAGCCCUUCUCUCCAAAGACCAUUCCAGAAAUCUCACUCUUGGCUGACAGGAGCCCUGGAUCCCAGACCUGAACCAGUGAAAACUCCCCCUGAAUGAUGGGUGAGACAUUCUCCCAGUUGGGUUCUCGGGAGGAUGAGAACAAAUCGAUCCUGCCCCCCAGCCCAGCCAUUGGCAACAAAGCUGCCUGCUACUCCAGCAUCCAAAGCAGCAAGUCUUUCUGUUCCUGCAUGCCUCGUGAAGGAACUGCCGGUGCCAGCUUUGUGACUUGUCCCACCUGCCAGGGCAGUGGGGAGAUCCCAAGAGAGCUAGAGAAGCAGCUAGUGGCGCUCAUCCCCUAUGGGGACCAGAGGCUGAAGCCCAGGCACACGAAGCUCUUCGUGUUCCUGGCAGUGCUCACCUGCUUUGUGACUUCCUCCCUCAUCAUCUUUUUCCUGUUUCCCCGGCCCAUCUCCGUGCAGCCUGCAGGCCUCAACUCCUCCACAGUGGCCUUUGAUGUGACUGAUAUCAACCUCAACAUAACGAAUAUCUUAAACAUCUCCAAUAGUAACUACUACCCCAUCACCGUGACCCAGCUGACCAUCGAGGUUCUGCACCUGUCCCUCGUGGUGGGGCAGGUCUCCAACAGCCUCCUCCUACACAUCGGCCCUUUGGCCAGUGAACAGAUGUUUUAUGCAGUGGCCAACAAGAUAGGGGAUGAAAACACCUACAAAAUCUGUUCCUGGAUGAAAAUCAAAGUCCACCAUGUACUUUUGCACAUCCAGGGCACCCUGACCUGCUCCUGCCUGAGCCAUUCAGAGCAGCUAGUCUUCCAGAGCUAUGAAUAUGUGGACUGCCGGGGAAACGCGUCGGUGCCCCACUUGCUGGUCCCUCACCCGACGUGACCUGUCUGCUGCCCCCAAACUCCAGGCCGCCGCCAGCCUGGGCUGGAUCUCCCAGUGCCUAAGUGACUUUGCCAAAGGAAAAGCCCCGCUUUAUUAUACCUCCCCCGCCACACAUUACCCCUCAGCACAGGAAACUCUCUGUGGAAGUUAACUUUACAGACGUGCGCACACGCAUCCCCUGAUGUCCACAAAAAAAGAAGUUUGGUUCUUCUAGGGGUUUUCCCCUUGGUCUGUCUUGAGGAAAGUCUGACCUGAUGUUCUUCAGAGCUGCUGUAUUAUCCCUGGAGUGGCACCUGCCCUUUCGGUGCUGAGCACCUUGGUUGCCUAACUUCUCUAGAGCUGGCCUUCCUCCUGCCUGAAUGAGGAAAGCUUUAAUUUUAUCUGGGUCUUAAAACAUGGAUCUUUUUUCAAGUUCUCCACCCAGGGAUGGGAUUGGGACUUGAGGGACAUCCAUGCUGUCUCAUGCCUCCCUGCUUUGGUCAUGUGACAAAGUGAUGGUGAUGGUCUGCUUCUCUCCUGGUAACUUGUCCCCUCACAGCAAGAUUGGCUAAGGCCCUUUGACCCUGCAUCCUCCCUGGUUAAAGACUGUUCCUGUUCCUAGGAAGACAGAGCCGUUCUCUGGCUAAAGCUCUUCCUGCCACAAAAUAGUUUUUUUAUUCUCGCCACAGCCGGAGCCAAAGUAGUAGGGGAGGAGAGGGAGGCACCCCCUCUGCCUAAGAAAAA